AUAAAACAAUUUUUACAGCAGCUCGACUCGAGUUUAUUCAAAGCAAACAGGAUUUAAAGAAAGAACCUUUCUAUCGGAUCAACUGCUCAACACGCACCCCUCCUCCGUCGUAAUUUAGCUGUAACACUAACUGUCCCUACUUUACAUAAUAAACUUAUAAGAGAGACACGCGUUGUCUUAUUAAGAUUUUAAAAUUGAAAUAACUCAAAACGCAAACAUCAUUAACAUCACCCAAAAACCUGUUCCACAUAGUACUAAAAUGUAUGUAAGGCCAGAAGCCGGCAGCAUACGAACGCGCAUUAUUUGGAAGCAAGUCAUUGAAACUGAGCGUCCGCUACACUACAACAAUAAAUAAAUAAAAUAAAAUUGUGACCGGGCAGUGAAAACGAACUAAGGAAGACCCAAAACACGAUAUAGUGGCAGAAAAAAAAAAACAUUGAGUGUUAUUUUUUAAAUAAUGACGAACAGAAGUUUGGAUAUCGUGGUGUUGGGAGCGACUGGUUAUACGGGAAAAUUUGUAGUGAAAUAUCUGGCGAAUUUAACAAAAGAAAAAUAUUGGGAUGUGACAUGGGGCAUAUCGGGUCGCUCUAAGCAAAAAAUUGAAAAAUUACUUGCAGAGCUCAACAAUACUGGCUUAGAUUUGAAAAACAUUCCUAUAAUGGAGUGCGACGUUGAAAAUGAAGAGUCUUUAAAGAAAGUUCUGCAAGCUGCCAAAGUAGUCAUCAAUUGUACUGGCCCUCAUUGUACCAUGAGUCCACCAAUCGUGAGGAAUUGUAUCGAAGCGGGAACACACUAUCUUGAUUUAUCAGCAGAAAUUUUCCAUAUACUGAAACUGACUCAAGACUACCACAAGGCGGCUGAGGACGCGGGUGUGUUAGUUAUCCCGGCUUGUGGACUUACAGCUCUACCUUCGGAAAUUGGCAUGAUAUAUCUACAUAGACUAUUUAAAGGUACGCUACACACAGUCGAAUGCCACGUUGCAAUAUUAAUGCCCAAGCGAUCUUACAUUCCCGGUCGAGCUUUACUGCAUAGCGGAACGUGGACAUCACUUGUUCACGUUUUGGACACUUUUAAGGAACAUGAGGCUCUGUUCCGCGAGAUGUAUCCACCCUUGGAGCCAGAGCCCGCAGAAAUGAAAAGGUCAUUCUUUCAUCGGUUCAACGGGAAAACCUGGUUUCCAUAUCCAGGCUGCGAAUCAAAUGUAGCCGAGAUGUCCCAAAGAUAUUUACUCGAGAAAACUCAAAAGAAACCAGCUCACUACAAGGUUUACACAACGCUACCCUUCCAUAUGUUCAUAGUCAUUCCGUUUAUGUUCUUAUACUAUUUGUUGAGUUCCUUCGGAUGGUUCAGAAAACUCUUGAUCAACUAUCCCAGGGUAUUUACACUUGGUUAUGCGUCAGAAAAAGGACCUACGGAGCAAAUGAGAAAAGACACGAAAUACUACUUCCAGUUCAACGGGAAGGGAUGGGAUUUGGAUGCAGAUUUGACAUCAAAACCGACGAAGUCUUUAUCUGUUAAGAUCUCUGGCAGUGAUCCGGGAUAUGAGACAACUGCAAUAGCAAUAGUUAUGAGUGCCAUUACAGUUUUGAAAGAGAGUUCCAACAUGCCGAAAGGUGGAGUAUUAACACCUGGCGCUGCUUUCUUUAGAACCGAUAUUGUUGAUAGGUUAAUGCAUGAUGAUUUUACGUUUGAAGUUUUGGAGAGUACUAAAUGAUUUUGAGUAACUAGCUAGCUAAUUGCUUAUUAUUUAUUAAAAUUGUUAUUUUAUACUGAGGGUUCGGAAACAUAUCAGGCGUAAGUCAUUUUGUCACAUAGUAUUGCUAAGUUUAAGGAACUGAAGUACUCAGCUAGAAAUAAGUGGAUGCAAAAUAAGGUAAGAUUUUCAUAAGGCUACAACAACCUACCUAAAUAAAUAUAAAAUAGCUUUUCUAUGUUAAAAGGUGUUAAAUACGUAAGAGAUUAUUGUACAAUCAAAUCUGUAAAAAACAAUAAUUACUUAAGAAGUUUACACAAAUGCUCUGUAUGUAUGUACAUGAAAACUUUAAUUACCUAUGUUAUUAAAAUGAGAAACUGUGUUUCACAAAAUCGUUUUUUAUUGUACCUUGCCUUUAUCUAUCCAUCCAG